ACAUUAGGUUUGUCCUGUCCGCCGCCCGCCAUAUUGAAAGAAUUUUACACCGCGCCGCGCCAUUUUAUUUUAGCGAUUUUGACUGACUGAAGCAGGACGCAACGCCGUUUUGUUGUUAAAAAUAUCUAAAACGUAUAUUUGUUGAAAAUGGGAAAGAAAGAUAAAAAGGAUAAAGGCGAAACUAGUGAUGGAUCUAGUGAAGAAGAAUAUGUUGUGGAAAAAGUCUUGGAUAAGCGUACUGUUAAGGGAAAGGUUCAAUAUUUGCUGAAAUGGAAGGGAUACAAGGAGGAUGAGAGUACUUGGGAGCCGGAAGAGAACCUUGACUGCGAGGAACUCAUCAGGACAUUUGAAGAGAACAGGAAAGAAAAGGAAAAAUCAAAAAAACCUGAAGACAAAGGCAAGAAACGAGUGCGAGAUUCGAGUGAUGAAGCUGGCUCUGCAAGGAAGGGUCGAGGCACAAGUGUCUCUUCAGUGGAAGAGCCCAAAGAGAAACGAAGCAAGGAUGAGAAGACCAAGUCUGGGUUUGACAAGGGGUUGAAAGCCGAAAAGAUUAUUGGUGCCUCAGAUGCGACGGGAGACCUCAUGUUCCUUAUAAAAUGGGCAGAUUCUGAUGAGGCUGAACUGGUUCCAGCUAAAAUUGCUAAUGUGAAAUGCCCACAACAGGUUAUUGCAUUCUAUGAGGAAAGGCUGACGUGGCACACCCCAGCAGAAUCCGAGUGAAACAGUGUAGGUUAGGAUAUAUUUAAGAUCUGGACAAUUUUGUUGGUUACGCAAGAUGUGAAGACUGCUCUGGUUAAUGUGUAUGAGUUUCUUACAAAGUGACGGAUAUGGUAAUUAGCAUUAUAAUUAAGUCCAGUAUUUUUCUAAUUGUUAAAAGUUGUUCGAUAAAAUUCUCAAGGCACUUUAAAUGGAGAUGUAAUUUUAUCAUUCAAUAUGUGCUAGAUAGAAUGCAUUUGGAGAUUUUCUUGGUCAAAAUGUUAUUUUAUUUUUUCUAUUGUGUGACGUAAUUUUCUUUGUAAUUAUUAAUUCUCUUAUCCACAAAAACAGUAAAUCAGACUUCAUGUUGUCGGGUUUAUUUUCAGUCCUUAAAAGCAAAUACUGUGGUGCUUAAUCAAUUUACCAAGGAUAAAUAAAUGUAUAGAUAUACCUACUAUAACAACUUACAAGUGGAAUAAUUAUAAUAUUAAGUAAUGUGUUGAAGUGUAUGAACAGAGUUAAAAAGAUAUGUGAUAUGAUUAUUUCUCAUACUAAGAUAUUAACGAGACUGUCACUUGUGUAACACGGCCUCAUUACUCUGGACUUGGCGAAUAUGAAAUGUUACGUUCCUUGCUGCAGUACAUUCGGGCAUAUUCGUUGCAGUUACAUAUUGAUAUUUGCGUUCCUUGUUUUGCACAGUGUGCAACGAACGGACUGCAUUGACGCCAGGUCGACAGUUAUUAUUUUGGCCGAGUUGUAUAGUAGGUAUGGCAACACUAAAUUAUCAAGAUCAGGAUAAAUAACUGAUUAAAAUAACGCUGAAUCUCCGUCUAUCUGUAUGGAUGUGGAAAACGACCAAGAGUGAUUGAAAAUGCAAGCAAAUUCCUGAGUAUAAUUAAUUUAUGUCCCGAUCGACAUAUCGAGUUUAUUUUCUAUAAUAUGGCGAUAGACAAAUACUUAAUUAUAGUUAAAGAGAAAUAAAAACAAAAGAUUUACAAGAA